GAUAUUUCAGGGCUUUGCUUAUAAUUGUUAUGAUUGUGAGUUUGAUCUGCACAUCAAUUGUGCUUUGAUUCAAUCAUCCAUUGCUGCAAAUUUUCCUAAUUCUUUGCAUCCCCAUCCUUUACACUUCAUUCAAAACCAUAACAAGGAAGUCGAGCCUGAUUGCACCGGUUGUCAAAAACCAAUAUCUGGUCCAUUUUACUAAUGUUCAGAUUGCACGGUUCCAUUUAAGCUUCAUAAGGAAUGUGCUGAACUACCGCUUGAGAUUAAUCACCCCUCUGACCGUAAGCAUCCUCUUACUCUCUUGCCACAACCGCCUACUCAUCCCCAGAAAUGUAGUUGCUAUUUGUGCAGAAUCCAAUGGAAGGGGUUUGUUUAUUCCUGCUCUCUAUGCAACUUUGAUCUUUCACUUGAUGAUUUUCUUUUUUCACCACCAACAAUCACAGUUGCAAGUCAUGAACACCCGUGGAUGCUUGUAUCUAGAAAAAUGUCGUUUGUUUGUGAUUUUUGCGGCACUGACGGGGAUCACUCCCCUUAUCACUGUGAUACAUGUGUACUUUUUGUCCACAAGAAUUGCAUUUCAUUGCCACGCCACAUCAUGAUAACACGACAUCGUCACACGAUUUCUCUUUGGUAUUCUUUUCGACAGAAUCAAAUUGAGGAUUGGAUGUGCAAAAUUUGUUACGAAGAAGUUGAUAUAAGUUAUGGUCAUUACCGUUGUCCUGCUUCUCGUUGCUGUUAUAUUGCUCAUGUACGAUGUGCAACUGAUAAAGCAAUAUGGGAUGGAAGAAUUAUGCCGAAAGGCUAUGAUGAGAGGUCCGGGGAAGUGCGGCAUGAACCUUUGAAUUUGAUUACUGACAUCGUUGAACAAAUUCGUAUUGGAGAGCUAGUGGUAGCAAGUGAGAUAAAGCAUUCCUAUCAUGAUCAUAAUUUAAGACUCACGUUUAGUGGGAAGACCAAAGAUGACGAUAGUCAGUGUGAUGGGUGCAUGAGACCUAUAUCAACUCCUUUUUAUGGUUGUGAGCAAUGCAAGUUCUUUCUCCACAAAGAUUGCGCUAAAUUGCCUAAACAAAUGCCACACCCAUUUCACAAGCAUUUACUUACUCUCUCAAACACACACAAUGAGGAUGGUUAUUCAUGGUGCAGUGCUUGUGAUCGUUGGUAUCAAGGAUUUCAAUACCAAUGCUGUGAAGGAGAUUGCAGCUUCGAAAUUGACAUUGAAUGUAUGUUAUUGUCAGAAACCUUGAAGCAUCCAAGUCAUGAUGAGCAUUCACUCUUUCUUGUCCACAACAAACAGGAAACGAGUUGCAGUGCUUGUUUCAAAAGACUAGACUCAGGGGAUGUUGCAUAUAGAUGCAUGAAGCGCUGUGAUUUCAGUUUAGAUGUAGGUUGUGCAACACUACCACUCACUGCUUGGUACAAGUAUGACAGGCAUCCUCUUACUUUAACUUAUUCUGAUGAUUCUGAGCCUUCUCAACUUUACUGUGAUCUCUGCGAGAAAGAAAGAGAGCCAAAUUGUUGGUUUUACUAUUGUGCUGAUUGUGAUAACUCUCUUCAUCUCAAUUGUGCUAUUGGGGAUCUCCCAUAUAUGAAGCUUGGGAACAAAUUCAAAUAUUAUCGUCAUAAACAUCCAUUCACUGUUGUGAAAAACAUCUGGAAUGGCCCUCCAUGUAAGGGAUGUCGUGAGGUUUGCAAUGGGCAGGCCCUAGAAUGUAAAGAAUCUGAAUGCAACUUUACCGUCCACAGAGAUUGCCUUUGGAGACUCAAUCGAAUCAUUUGAAUGAUAUUCCACUCAAGUUUAAGAAACAGAGAAGACGUAAGAUGAGAGGUGUGUAGUGUUCUGUGGAAGGGUGUAGCAGAUUUGGUAAAAAUGUGUGAUGGCCUUAGUUGUUGUAAUCUGCAUUAUGUUAUGUUUAUGAUAGUUGUUUGAGCAGUAGAAUGUUGUGUUAGAUGAAACAUGAUUUGUAACUACACAUCUUUAUCUUUCAUUUUUCUAUUCGAUUCUUGUCCUUUCAACUUUUAUCUAAAA